CCUCCUCCUCCUCCUCCUCCUUCUCCUCCUCUUUCCCCUGCAGGAUCCACUGCCCGCCCCCCGUGGGACAGUCCCGGACCCAGGAUCCUCGCACCCCGCGCACCUGCCCCCCCCGGGGAGCCCGGCUGGGGGAGAGACCACGGAGGAGCCGGCCUCUGCCCCAAAUUCAUAGUAAUCAUUUAUAUUACCGGCCCCGGAUCGGGGGCCCGGACCACCCACCCCAUCCCGGCGGGCUCGCCCACUCCGGCCUGGGCCCCAUGACCUCUCGAGGGGCUGGGCUGUAGCAUGGCGGCGCCCCGGAUCCAGGUGGAGGCCCCGGAAGAUGGGGAGGGGGCCGGGCCGACCCCUGCCCCGGGGGGUCACCUUCGCAGCCUCAAGACCCUGACGGAGAAGCUGCGGCUGGAGACUCGGCGCCCGUCCUACCUGGAGUGGCGGGGGCGGCUGGAGGGGCGCGCCCGGCCGGGCCCCGACCCCGACCCCGACCCAGGCCCCGACCCCGGCCCCGACCCCGGCCCCGGCCCACCGGGGGACCGGCAGCCCCCGCCCCCCUCGGCCCGGCUGGUCGGCUUCCAGAGCGUGGGCGAGGCCCUGGGCUGGCUCAGGAAGGAGCUGGCGGAGAUGCGCGCGCAGGACGAGCAGCUGGCCCGGCAGCUGAUGCGCCUCCGCACGGACAUCCACCAGCUGAAGAUCGAGCAGACCUGCCACCUCCACCGGCGGAUGCUCAACGACGCCACUUACGGGCUGGAGGAGCGGGACGAGCUGGCCGACCUCUUCUGCGACCCGCCGCUGGCCUCCUCCUUCACCCUGUCCGCCCCCCUCAAGCUCAUCGGGGUCACCAAGAUGAACCUCAACUCCCGCCGCUUCUCCCUCUGCUGAGCGCUGCGGGACGGGGGCCGGCACCAUGGGCGUCCCGAGGGGCAGGAGGAGGAGGAAGGGGUGGGACCGUGAGCAUCCUUACCCGUGGACCAGAUCAUCGCCGGGGGAACCCGUUAAGCCCUUGCCGGGUGCCAGGCGCCGUACCGAGCGCUGGGGUGGAGAGGAGCAGAUGGGGUCGGACC